AUGUCCACAACACAAUACACGAGAUUGAUCACCAGAAACAUUCCUCAGGUGAAACGAGGACGCCAGCUCCAAAACUCGCGAGUCACUCUGGUCGGCAGUCCAGCACCAAGCCACAACCCUACCAUUGACUCCGACCGAUUACCAUAUCGACUCUACGAACUUUCUCUUAACAAAAUCCGACAAGAAGCCCACGCCGCUGCACCCGAUCUCCGGCACGUCAUUGCCGGAAUCUCAAUGCAGAAAGUGGUUUCCAGUGCCGUCCGUGAUGAUCUCCAACACCGGAUAGACAUGGCCGAACCUGCAAAAGCACCUUCAACAUUACCGAUCCUGCCUGGGGCCGAUGAGCCCUUCGAGUCCGAGGGAACUGCCCCAAGGGCGAAAUCCAAUUCUGAUCCAUGGGAUAUGGAGACUCUUAAUCGAGCGCUCUAUGAGAUGGAACGUGCUACUAAGAGAGGGAAUGUCGCGAAGACGGUUUGUUUUCGGUUGAUUGGGGAGAUGUAA